AUGGGGGACGCAGAAAUGUCUGUUUAUGGGGCUGCAGUUUCUUACCUGCGAAAGUCAGAUAGAGAGCGUUUGGAAGCACAAACCCGCCCUUUUGACAUGAAGAAGGAAUGCUUUGUGCCUGAUGCUGUGGAGGAGUUCAUUAAGGCCACCGUCACCAGUCGCGAUGGAGAUCGAGUGACUGUGGAUACAGAAAAAGGACAGUCACUUACUUUCAAGGAGAGUCAGCUUCUGCAACAGAAUCCUCCAAAGUUCGACAAAAUUGAAGACAUGGCCAUGCUGACAUUCCUCCACGAACCAGCUGUGCUGUUUAACCUCAAAGAGCGUUACGCAGCCUGGAUGAUCUAUACCUAUUCAGGCCUGUUCUGCGUCACUGUCAACCCCUACAAGUCGCUGCCAGUGUAUAAUCAGGAGGUGGUUAUAGCUUAUAGAGGAAAGAAGAGGAGUGAAGCACCUCCUCACAUAUUCUCCAUUUCCGAUAACGCCUACCAGUACAUGUUAGCAGAUCGUGAAAACCAGUCGAUCCUGAUUACUGGAGAAUCCGGUGCAGGAAAAACUGUUAACACCAAGAGAGUCAUUCAGUACUUCGCCAGUAUUGCAGCAAGUGGUGCAAAAAAGGAGACCGUUCAAAAUAAGGGAACUCUGGAGGAUCAAAUCAUCCAAGCUAACCCUGCUCUGGAGGCUUUCGGCAAUGCCAAGACUAUCAGAAAUGAUAACUCCUCCAGAUUCGGUAAAUUCAUCAGAAUUCAUUUUGAUACCAGAGGAAAGCUGGCGUCUGCUGACAUUGAGACAUAUCUUCUAGAGAAGUCUCGCGUGGUCUUUCAGCUUAGGGCCGAGAGAGACUAUCACAUCUUCUAUCAAAUACUGUCAAACAAGAAACCAGAACUACUGGAGAUGCUACUGGUUACACAAAAUCCCUAUGACUACUCGUUCAUCUCUCAGGGUGAAACCACAGUGGCUUCUAUUGAUGAUGCUGAGGAGUUAAUGGCAACAGACAAUGCUUUUGACGUGCUGGGUUUCACUCAAGAAGAAAAAAACUCGGUGUACAAGCUGACCGGAGCGAUCAUGCACCACGGGAACAUGAAAUUCAAGCAAAAGCAGCGCGAAGAGCAGGCAGAAGCAGACGGCACUGAAGAUGCUGACAAAGUGUCUUAUUUGAUGGGCCUCAACUCAGCUGACCUCAUCAAGGGGUUGUGCCACCCUCGAGUUAAAGUAGGGAAUGAAUGGGUGACCAAGGGACAAAACAUUCAACAGGUGAAUUACACUAUCGGAGCCCUUUCUAAAGCAGUUUAUGAGAAAAUGUUCCUCUGGAUGGUCGUCAGAAUCAACCAAUCACUCGAAACAAAGCAGCCUCGCCAGUAUUUCAUCGGUGUGCUGGAUAUUGCUGGGUUUGAAAUUUUUGAUUUCAACAGUUUUGAACAACUCUGCAUCAACUUCACAAACGAGAAGCUGCAACAGUUUUUUAAUCAUCACAUGUUUGUGCUGGAACAAGAGGAGUACAAGAAGGAGGGCAUCGAAUGGGAGUUCAUUGACUUUGGCAUGGACCUGCAGGCCUGCAUUGAUUUGAUUGAAAAGCCCAUGGGUAUCAUGUCUAUCCUUGAAGAGGAGUGCAUGUUCCCCAAAGCCACGGAUUCCACAUUUAAAGCAAAGCUAUACGACAACCACCUGGGGAAGUCCAACAACUUCCAGAAACCGAGGAUCGUGAAGGGGAAGCCGGAGGCUCACUUCGCCCUGGUUCACUAUGCUGGCACCGUGGAUUACAACAUCAACAACUGGCUGGUGAAGAACAAGGAUCCACUGAACGAAACUGUAGUCGGACUCUACCAAAAAUCUUCACUCAAACUGCUCUCUUACCUGUUUGUUAACUACGCUGGUGCAGACUCAGCUAUGGCUGAGGGGGGCAAAAAGGAAAAGAAGAGGAAAGGCUCGUCUUUCCAAACCGUGUCAGCACUUCACAGGGAAAAUCUUAAUAAGCUGAUGACAAACCUGAGGUCGACUCAUCCACACUUUGUGCGCUGCAUCAUUCCCAAUGAGACCAAGACUCCUGGUGCGAUGGAUAAUGCACUGGUAAUGCAUCAGCUACGCUGCAACGGUGUGCUAGAAGGGAUCAGGAUCUGCAGGAAGGGUUUCCCCAACAGAAUCCUCUAUGGUGAUUUCAAGCAGAGAUAUCGCAUUCUCAACCCAUCUGCAAUUCCAGAAGGCCAGUUCAUAGACAGCAAGAAAGGAGCUGAGAAGUUAUUAGCUUCACUAGAUAUAGAUUUCCAACAGUACCGGUUCGGACACACUAAGGUGUUUUUCAAAGCUGGUCUGUUGGGUCAGUUAGAAGAAAUGAGAGAUGAGCGACUGUCCAAAAUCAUCACUGGAAUUCAAGCUAGAUCUCGUGGCAGGCUUUCAAGAAACGAGUAUCAGAAGAUGGUAGAACGCAGGGACGCCCUGCUCGUCAUUCAGUGGAACGUCCGCGCAUUCAUGAGUGUCAAGAAUUGGCCCUGGAUGAAGCUAUUUUUCAAGAUCAAACCGUUACUGAGGUCCGCCGAAGCCGAGAAGGAGAUGGCCAACAUGAAAGAGGAGUUCUUGAAACUCAAGGAGGCUUACGCCAAGUCUGAGGCUCGGAGGAAAGAGCUUGAGGAGAAAAUGGUCUCACUUCUACAGGAGAAGAAUGAUCUUCAGCUUCAAGUGCAGGCUGAGCAGGAUAAUCUCUGCGAUGCCGAGGAAAGAUGUGAAGGCUUGAUUAAAAACAAAAUCCAAAUGGAAGCCAAAGUCAAGGAGCUGAACGAGAGACUGGAGGACGAAGAGGAGAUGAACGCAGAGCUGACGGCCAAGAAGAGAAAGCUGGAGGACGAGUGCUCCGAGCUCAAGAAAGACAUCGAUGAUCUUGAGCUGACGCUGGCUAAAGUGGAGAAGGAGAAGCACGCCACAGAGAAUAAGGUCAAGAAUCUGACUGAGGAAAUGGCCGGUUUGGAUGAAAUAAUAGCCAAGCUAACCAAGGAGAAGAAAGCCCUCCAAGAGGCGCAUCAACAAACUCUGGAUGACCUCCAAAGCGAAGAGGACAAAGUCAACACCCUUACCAAAGCCAAAAUCAAACUAGAGCAGCAAGUAGAUGAUUUGGAGGGAUCUCUAGAGCAAGAGAAAAAGCUGCGUAUGGAUCUGGAAAGGGCAAAGAGAAAGCUAGAGGGAGACUUAAAGUUGAGCCAGGAAAGCGUCAUGGAUCUUGAGAAUGAUAAACAACAGCUAGAGGAACGUCUUAAGAAGAAAGACUUUGAAAUCAGCCAGCUUGUUGGUAAAAUUGAAAACGAACAAGCCACGAUCAUGCAACUACAAAAGAAAAUCAAGGAGUUGCAGGCUCGAGUAGAAGAACUGGAGGAAGAGCUCGAGGCAGAACGAGCCGCCAGAGCCAAGGUGGAGAAACAGAGAGCCGACCUGGCCCGAGAACUGGAGGAGAUAAGCGAGAGACUGGAAGAAGCCGGAGGAGCCACCACCGCCCAGAUCGAAAUGAACAAAAAACGAGAGGCCGAGUUCCAGAAACUGCGCCGAGACCUGGAGGAGGCCACCUUACACCACGAGGCCACGGCUGCCACCUUGAGAAAGAAACAGGCCGACAGCGUGGCGGAGCUGGGCGAGCAGAUCGAUAAUCUGCAGAGGAUCAAACAGAAACUGGAGAAGGAAAAAAGUGAGCUGAAACUGGAGCUGGAUGAUGUGGUUUCUAACAUGGAACAUAUCGUCAAAUCCAAGACUAACCUGGAGAAAAUGACUAGAACCUUGGAGGAUCAGCUGAACGAAUUCCGAAACAAAUGUGAUGAAAACCAGAGAUCCCUCAACGAUUUCACCACUCAAAGAGCCAAGCUUCAAGCUGAGAACGAUGAUCUAUCAAGGCAGUUAGAAGAAAAGGAAUCUCUGGUCUUUCAACUUACAAGGGGCAAACAGUCCUACUCUCAACAACUGGAGGAUCUGAAGAGGCAGCUUGAAGAAGAAGUCAAGGCCAAGAACGCUCUUGCCCACGCGGUGCAGUCUGCUCGGCAUGAUGCGGACCUGCUAAGAGAGCAAUACGAGGAGGAGCAGGAGGCCAAAGCAGAGCUGCAACGUAGUCUUACGAAGACUAACGCAGAGGUGGCCCAGUGGAGAACUAAAUAUGAGACCGAUGCCAUUCAGAGGACAGAGGAACUAGAAGAAGCAAAGAAGAAGUUGGCUCAGCGAUUGCAGGAUGCAGAAGAGGCUGUGGAGGCUGUAAACGCUAAAUGUUCCUCUCUUGAGAAGACCAAACACAGGUUGCAGAAUGAGAUCGAAGACCUCAUGGUGGAUAUGGAGCGCUCCAAUGCAGCUGCUGCAGCGCUGGACAAAAAGCAAAGGAAUUUUGAUAAAAUCCUCGCCGAGUGGAAGCAAAAAUACGAAGAGUCUCAGUGCGAGCUGGAAAAUUCCCAGAAGGAAGCCAGAUCCUUAAGUACCGAGCUCUUUAAAUUAAAGAACUCCUACGAGGAAUCUUUGGAUCAACUGGAGACAAUUAAGAGAGAGAACAAAAAUCUCCAAGAGGAAAUAUCGGAUUUAACCGAACAACUUGGUGAAAGUGGAAAGACGGUUCACGAACUAGAGAAGACUCGCAAACAGCUGGAGCAGGAAAAAUCAGAGAUCCAAGCUGCUCUAGAGGAAGCAGAAGGCUCCUUAGAGCACGAAGAAGGUAAAAUCCUCAGAUCUCAGCUGGAACUCAACCAGAUAAAGGCUGAAAAUGACCGCAAGCUGGCUGAGAAAGAUGAAGAACUGGAACAGUCCAAGAGAAACUUACAGAGAACCAUUGACACCCUGCAGAGCUCUCUGGAGGCAGAGACUCGCAGCAGGAACGAGGCACUUCGGGUGAAGAAGAAGAUGGAAGGGGAUCUCAAUGAGAUGGAGAUCCAGCUGAGUCAGGCUAACAGGCAGGCGGCCGAGGCUCAAAAACAGCUCAAGAUCCUGCACGCUAAUCUCAAGGACUGCCAGCUUCAACUGGAUGACUCUCUCCACGGCAACGAAGACCUGAAGGAGAACAUGGCUAUCGUGGAGAGGAGGAACUUUCUGCUCCAGGCAGAACUUGAGGAACUCCGGAGUUUACUCGAGCAGACCGAGAGAGGACGUAAGCUUGCAGAGCAAGAGCUUCUCGACGUCAGUGAGAGAGUACAGCUCCUGCAUUCACAGAACACCAGCCUCCUGAAUCAAAAGAAGAAACUAGAAGCUGACGCCACCCAGCUCCAGACCGAGGUGGAAGACGCGGUGCAGGAGAGCCGGAACGCCGAGGAAAAGGCGAAGAAAGCCAUCACCGACGCGGCCAUGAUGGCAGAGGAGCUGAAAAAGGAACAGGACACCAGCGCUCACCUGGAGCGUAUGAAGAAGAACAUGGAACAGACCAUCAAGGACUUACAGCAACGGCUGAAUGAAGCGGAGCAAAUUGCCAUGAAGGGGGGCAAGAAACAGAUGCAAAAGCUGGAGGCCAGGGUCAGAGAGCUGGAGAAUGAACUGGAGGUCGAGCAGAAGAGAAGCAGCGAAUCUGUGAAGGGAAUUCGCAAAUAUGAACGUCGCAUUAAAGAGCUUUCCUACCAGACUGAGGAGGAUCGUAAGAACGUCGCCCGCCUUCAAGACCUAGUGGACAAGCUUCAGCUUAAAGUUAAAGCCUACAAGAGAGCUGCAGAGGAUUCUGAAGAACAGGCCAACGUUCAUCUGGGAAAAUUCCGCAAAGUUCAGCAUGAGCUGGAUGAAGCUGUGGAGAGGGCUGACAUUGCCGAGUCCCAGGUCAACAAGCUCCGUGCAAAGAGCCGCGACACCGGGCCAAAGAAAGUGUUUGAUGAAGAGUGAAGCUCUGGACCUUCUUUGUGAAUUUCUCAGCGCUGUAAUCUCACCGAAACGUUCCUGCCUUAUUAAAUAAAUAAACUCACAUUGCAUUCA